AUGGCUACCCCUAGUGUCCUAGCUUUUGACGCUGAGGGUCGCGCCAUUGAUUUUGAGGUCUGGUUAGACGACCUGCAGCUGUUCUUACAGUGCGACAGAGCAGACGGCCUCUCUCUCUUUGACCUCACCUCUGGCGCCUCUCCUGCUCCUGCUGCUGAUGCUGAUCCCACUGUGCGCUCUCAGUGGGCCACCCGCGAUGCUGCUGCACGUCUUGCUGUGCGUCGCCACCUCCCUACCUCUGAGCGCGCGCACUUUAGUCAGUACAAGAGUGCUCAGACCUUGUACGACGCUGUAGUUGCGCGCUACUCCUCCCCUGCCACUGCUGCACUGAGCCGUCUCAUGCUUCCCUACCUCUUUCCUGACCUCUCUGCCUUUCCCACUGUCGCUGACCUCAUUACGCACCUCCGCACUAGUGACACUCGCUACCGCGCCGCCCUUCCUGCUGAGUUCUGCGCUAAGAACCCACCCCCCAUGUACAUCGCUCUCUACUACGUAGUCGCGCGCCUCCCUGACUCCCUUCGCGUCGUCAGGGACCACUUUCUCGCAGUCUGUCCCACCACCCUCAUCGUCGACCUCCUCGAGAAGGCCCUCCUCGCAGCGGAGAAGAGCAUAGUCGCUGUAGGUGCUUCUCGUGGUGACCCUCGCACCCCCAUCUUUGAGGGGUGCUCUCCUUCCCCCUUGCUGCCCUCUGUUGCCUCUGCUGCUGCUGCCGACCUGCUUGGUCUUGAGUCGGUCGGCGCGGCGUCUGCCCCUAGUGGGAGACGUCGCUCCAGCAAGGGCAAGGGGGGCAAGGGCGCGGGUGGAGCUGGAGGGGGCGGUGGCGGUGGCGGCGGUGGCGGCGGAGGGAGUGGGGGUGGCGGCGGGACUAGUGGCGGGGGUGGUGGUGGUGGUGGCAGCAGCGGCGGAGACGGUGGUGGUGGUGGCAGCGGUGGUGGUGGAGGCAGCGGCGGAGGUGGAGGCGGCGGAGGUGGAGGCGGUGGAGGCGGCAGCGGAGGAGGCGGUGGUGGUGGAGGAGGUGGAGCUGGUCAACGUGGUACCCAGCAGCGUAGCGGCGGUGGUGGUGGCCAGCGCUCGCAGCGGCAGCAGCAGCAGCGCUCGCGGGAUAUCCCUCCGCCUCAGCAGCUUCGUGAGUGGUACGCUGGGCGUCAGAGGGGUGGGGGUACUGGUCCCUGCACCUACGUUCUUCGUUCCGGCGACCGCGCGGCGAUCUUUGAUCUUGAUUUUGAUGCUAUCCUUGCUGCUAUGUAUGCUGUGACUUAUAGUGAGGAGAAUGAGGGUUACCGGUGUUUCCAGCCCGACCCGGGCAUUGGUACUGCUGCGCUAGGUGCUUGUGAGGCUGCUGCUCUAGGUGCCAGUGCGUCUGCGCUCUCAGGUACUGGUGAGACUACGCUCUCAGGUACUGCGUCGUCCUCGUCCUCCCUCACUUUCACACUUGACUCCGGGGCUUCUCGCUCCUUCUUUCGAGACCGCACUACCCUUACGCCGCUCGGCCGGCCGGUUGCAGUCUCCCUUGCUGACCCCUCUGGGGGUCCUGUCCUGUCUCACUUCUCCACUGUCCUCCCGUGUCCGGCUGCCCCUUCGGGCACCCUGUCUGGUCUGUACCUUCCCUCGUUCUCUACGAACUUGGUGAGUGGCGCGGACCUGCAGGAUGUGGGGGUUCACCAGUUUACUCCUGCGAGUCAGCGGGUGACCCACUGCACGGAGGCACGCACAAGCCGACACCUUGCCACGUUCUCGCGUCGGCCGGGGUCGAGUCUCUACACCCUGACCGUUGAGUCUCCUCCUGUCCCUGCGUCUGGUCAGGUGGCUGCGUCAGGUCAUGUGCUUGCUGCUGCGUCCCAGUCAGGUCCUGAGUCUGCCCCCUGUUCUUGUCGCCUCCUGUCUCACGAGACUCUCCUGUGGCACCACCGUCUUGGCCACCCCUCCUUGCCCCGUCUUCGGAGCAUGGCUUCCCGUGUCCUUGUCUCUGGUCUUCCCCAGUCUCUCCCUCCUCUCCCCUCCGGGCCAGGACCUUCCUGUGUCCCCUGUGUCGAGGGUCGCCUCCGGGCUACUCCUCACUCCUCCCACUUCCCCCCGACAGAGGCUCCCCUGCAGACGCUUCACAUGGAUGUGUGGGGCCCAGCCCCCGUCCGUGGGCAGGGUCACGAGCGCUACUUCCUGUUGGUGGUUGACGACUAUUCGCGUUACACCACAGUCCUCCCCUUGCGCAGCAAGGGUGCGGUCACUGAGGUGCUGAUCGACUGGAUCCGCGAGGCUCGUCUCCAGCUCAGAAAGAGCUUUGGCUCGGACUUUCCUGUUCUGCGUCUGCACUCGGACAGAGGCGGAGAGUUCUCUUCUCGCCUUCUGCGGGACUACUGUCGUGCACGGGGGAUCCGCCAGACCUUCACGCUUCCGGACUCACCACAGCAAAAUGGGAUUGCUGAGCGCCGCAUUGGCAUGGUCAUGGAUGUCGCUCGUACGUCCAUGAUGCAUGCGGCUGCCCCCCAUUUUCUGUGGCCGUUUGUGGUGAGGUACGCGGCGCAUCAGCUCAACCUUCACCCCCGGGUCUCUCGGCCUGCGAUGUCCCCAGCCUUGCUGUGGACGGGGAAGGUUGGCGAUGCGUCUGUGUUCCAUGUCUGGGGAUCUCGGGCGUUUGUCCGCGACUUGUCUGCGGACAAGCUGUCCCCUCGUGCUGCUCCCUGUGUUUUCCUUAGCUUCCCCACUGACGCCCCAGGGUGGCAGUUUUACCACCCCUCCUCUCGUCGUGUUCUGUCCUCCCAGGACGUCACGUUCGACGAGUCAGUCCCCUUCUACCGUCUCUUCCCCUACCGCACUCCUUCCCUCCCCCCUCCCCCGGACUUCCUUGUGCCGGUUCCCCCCCCGGUAGACCCCCUCCCCCCUCAGGUUCUUGCCCCCUCAGGUGUGUCCCAGGUAGACGCCGUUGACCCGGUCGAGGUUACUGGUGACUCUGGUGCUGCUGCGGGUGCUGAGCCUGGGGGUGCUGACUCUGGGGGUGCUGUGCGCGGGGGUGCUGAGCCUGGGGGUGCUACUGCUGGGGGUGCUGGGCCUGAGGGUGCUACUGCGGAGGGUGCAGAGCCUGGGGGUGCUGAGCCGGGGGGUGCUGUGCCUGGAGGUGCUGGGUCUGGGGAUGCUGGGUCGGGAGCUGCUGAGCCUGGGGGUGCUGCGCCUGGAGCUGUUGAGCCUGGGGUUUCUCCUGCUGCUGCGUCUUGCCGGGAGCCCCUCUCUCCACAGGAGCUGCGCGAGUGGUUCGCUCGCCGCUGGAGGCGUGCUGCUGAGUCUGGAGGUGCUGCUGGAGCUGGAGCUGGAGCUUCUUCGACCGUCGAGGGUGCGGGUGCUGCCGGUCCCGGAUCUUCUGGACCUGCGGGUCCUCCUGGAGCUGGAGCUGCUGAGGGCGUUGGGGCUGAGCCUACUGCUGUUGGUCCUGCCGCUGGAGGUGUGGGUGGCGCUGGCGCUGUCGCUGAGGGUGCUGGUGCUGUCCCUGCUGAGUCUGGAGCUGCUGCGCGGCCUCGGCCGUACUUUGUUCCGCUCCUGCAGCAGGUUCUUGGUCUUUCUCCUCCAGUAGAGGGUCCACCGCCUGUCCAGUCGCAGUCCCUGCUGGAGCCUUCCUCUCCACUGCCUGCUCCCUCUCCUUACACUGGUCCUACUGGAGGUCUUACUGAGCGUCGUGAGCCUGCGUCUCGUCCCGCGUCGCCUGUUCGUGCUGCUCGCGCUAGUGGUCGCGGUUCGCGUCAGCGUCCUCCUCCUGUCCCUGCCACGCACCGGAUGUCUUUGCGUCCGUCCACUGCUCCUCUGCGUGCCCCUUUGCCUUCUCCUCCUGAGUCCUCUCUUCCUGCGCUUGCCGACCCUGAGUCGGACUCUCUUCGGGCUGCCAGUCCUACUGUCACGCGUCUGCUUGCUACUGUCGUCACUGACCCCUCUUUUGAGUCCACUGCUGCGUCUGCUCUAGUCGCUGAGCUCGUCAACUUUGCUGCUCGCUGUCGUCUCGACUACGCUGCUAGUCUGGUUGCUGAGUCUGCGUCUGUCUGUCCUCCGUCCGUCGGGGGUGAGUGUGCUCUUGGCACGGACGUCCUAGAGGACAGGCAGGAGGAGUUACAGUGUCUAGCGGCUGCUUCACCUCAUCUCGCGUCUGUACUGCUUGCCCCUGAGGGAGACCCGGAUGCACUAGACAUCCCGACUACGCGUUCUUACGCGGAGGCCGUAGAGGGUCCCUACUCCUCUCAGUGGCAGGCAGCUAUGGAUGCAGAGAUGGCUUCCUGGAAGUCCACAGGCACCUACGUUGACGAGGUUCCCCCUCCUGGGGCGAACAUCGUCAGUGGCAUGUGGAUCUUCAGGGUGAAGCGGCCGCCGGGCUCUCCACCUGUCUUCAAGGCACGGUACGUUGCUCGUGGCUUCAGUCAGCGGCAGGGAGUUGACUACUUUCAGACCUUCUCUCCCACCCCGAAGAUGACUACUCUUCGGGUGCUGCUGCACAUAGCCGCUCAGCGCGACUACGAGCUUCACUCUCUCGACUUCAGCACUGCGUUCUUGCAGGGUAGCCUGCACGAGGAGAUCUGGCUUCGCCGUCCACCUGGCUUCACUGGGACUUUCCCUCCUGGCACCCAGUGGAGCCUCCGACGGCCAGUCUACGGUCUCCGCCAGGCACCGCGUGAGUGGCACGACACACUGAGGACUACGCUUGCGGCUCUUGGGUUUGCUCCUUCUACUGCUGACCCGUCGCUGUUUCUUCGCACCGACACUUCCCUGCCGCCGUUCUACAUCCUCGUGUACGUCGACGACUUGGUCUUUGCCACAGCUGACACUGCUGGACUCGCCUACGUGAAGUCCGAGCUGCUGAAGAGACACACGUGCACUGACCUGGGUGAACUGCGCAGCUACCUUGGCUUGCAGAUCACUCGGGACAGAGCACGCCGCACCAUUACCUUGACUCAGUCACACAUGGUGCAGCAGGUCCUUCAGCGCUUCGGCUUCACGUACUCCUCGCCUCAGGCCACUCCUCUGCCUACUCGCCACUCACUCUCAGCUCUGCCUUCGGAUGAGUCCGUAGAGUCGAGUCGUCCGUAUGCAGAGCUUGUUGGCUGCCUCAUGUACCUGAUGACCUGCACACGACCUGACCUUGCAUACCCUCUGAGCAUUCUUGCACGCUAUGUUGCUCCUGGGAGACACAGACCAGAGCACAUGGCUGCAGCGAAGAGGGUAUUGCGCUACCUGUGCAGUACGUCGGGCAUGGGGCUAGUGCUUGGAGGGCGGAGUCCAGUGGUCCUUACCGGCCACGCGGACGCUUCUUGGGCUGACAACCAGGCUACGCAGCGGUCGUCACAGGGUUACACCUUCAGCCUUGGUUCCGGCUCUGUCUCGUGGCGGUCUACUCGCUCGUCUUCGGUUCUCGGCUCCAGUUGUGAGGCUGAGAUCUACGCCGGGGCCAUGGCUGCACAGGAGCUUCGCUGGCUCACCUACCUGCUGACUGACCUUGGAGAGCCGCCUCGUUCUCCUCCAGUGCUGUACGUAGACAACAAGGCCAUGCUGGCCUUGUGUCGAGAGCAGCGCUUGGAGCACAGAACGAAGCACAUUGCUCUCCGCUACUUCCUUGCUCGUGAGCUGCAGCAGCGUGGUCAGUUGCGACUUGCGUACGUGGCCUCUGAGGCCAACACUGCUGAUGUGUUCACCAAGGCACUCGCGCCUUGUGACCAUCAGCGCUUUUGCACCCAGCUGGGUCUUGUGCCUGUCUUGCCUCACUUGCUCUCCUCUUGA